UGAUCAAAGAGUUAAUAAGUCAAUUGUGCCUACAUUUUCUAAAACAGAAUUCAAAAAAAUGAAAUAAACAAAACUCAAUUACCAGGAACAGUACCAAAAUAAAAAAAAACUAUAUAGAGUACAUAUAUAAUUAAGUGACAAGAAAUAAAUAAGCUGAAAUUACUACCAAACAAACACAUACAUACAUACAGCAAUGGCUUUUCAAUUCAACAACCUUCACUUUGUCUUGGUUCCAUUAUUUGCACAAGGCCACAUGAUCCCAAUAAUAGACAUAGCAAGAAUCUUAGCAGAACAAAAUGUAAUGGUAACUUUACUUACAACACCUCAAAACACUUCAAGAUUUCAUAACACAAUUCAUAGAGCAACAAAAUCAGGCCUACCAAUUAAUCUCCUUGAAAUCCCAUUUCCAUCUCAACAAGUUCAACUUCCAUUAAACUGCGAAAAUCUCGAUACUUUACCAUCAAGAAAACUACUCAGAAAUUUCUACAAUGCACUUCACAUGCUUCAAGAGCCAUUAGAAAAUUAUCUCAAGAACCAUACUUUUCCACCAAGUUGCAUUAUUUCAGAUAAAUGCAUAUCUUGGACAAUCAUAACAGCGCACAAGUUUAAUGUUCCAAGAAUUGUUUUUCAUGGUAUGUCUUGUUUUUCAUUACUAAGUUCAUAUAACAUUAAACUUCACAAUGCUCAUUGUUCUGUUAACUCUGACUCUGACCCUUUUGUGAUUCCUGGAUUUAUGCCACAAAAGAUUGAGAUAACAAGAUCACAACUUCCAGGAACAUUUGUUCCUCUUCCUGAUCUUGAUGACUAUAGGGAAAAAAUGCAUGAAGCUGAAAUUUCUUCUUAUGGAAUUGUUGUGAAUAGUUAUGAGGAAUUAGAACAAGGGUGUGCUCAAGAAUAUGAAAAAGUCAUGAACAAAAGAGUUUAUUGCAUAGGUCCAGUUUCUUUAUGCAAUAAAGAUAAUUUAGAUAAAUUUGAGAGAGGAAAUAAAUCUUCAAUUGAAGAAAAACAAUGCUUGGAAUGGCUUAAUUUAAUGGAAAUAAGGUCAGUUAUUUAUGUAUGUCUUGGUAGUUUAUGUAGACUUGUUACAUCACAAUUAAUUGAAAUUGGGUUGGGCUUACAAUUAUCAAAUAGACCUUUUAUUUGGGUAGUUAAAACUAAUGGUGAAAAUUAUUUAGAGUUAGAAAAAUGGUUAAAAGAUGAAAAUUUUGAGGAAAGGGUAAAAGGUAGAGGACUUUUGAUUAAAGGAUGGGCACCACAAAUUUUGAUACUUUCUCAUCCUUCAAUUGGAGGAUUUUUGACACAUUGUGGAUGGAAUUCAACAAUUGAAAGUGUAUCUUUUGGGGUACCAAUGAUAACAUGGCCUUUAUUUGCUGAACAAUUUUUAAAUGAGAAAUUUAUUGUGCAAGUUUUGAAGAUUGGUGUUAGAAUUGGUGUUGAGGUUCCAGUAAGGUUUGGUGAUGAAAAUAAAGUUGGGAUGUUGGUGAAGAAAAGUAGAGUUGUUGAAGCUAUAGAGAUGUGUAUGGAAGGAGGUGUAGAUGGUGAAAAGAGGAGGUGUAGAGCAAAAGAACUUGGAGAUUUGGCUACAAAGGCUUUAGAAGUGGAUGAAGGUUCUUCUUAUUUCAACAUUUCAUGCUUAAUUAGAGAUAUUAUGAAGCAUCAAUCUGCUUAGAAUUAGUGAUCAACUUUUUUUAUUUUAUUGAUGAGAUGAGUUUAGAUCUUUGUCGGUGAAGAAAAUAGAUUGUUUAACAAGUCAUUGGGUUCAAGUGGUUAAUGAGCUUCACCAAAAAGGACGAAUUUCGGGAGAACCCGGGUUCGAUUCCUGAAUGGAACAAUUUCUUGGUCAGACUUUACUUACCUUGCGGCCGAACUCUGAAUUACUAGAGCUCUUUCCCCCAGAGGGUUAUUGUUUAUGCUAUAGGCACCGAUUCUCUUUCUCUGUUCUAUAAAAAAAAAAAAAAAAAAAAUUGGGUUUAUUUUAUUCACGGAGUUGAUUUUAUGUUAAGGGGUUGCAAGUGGUCUGUUGGUGUUAGUGUAUAAUAACAGAAUGAAUGUUGGUUUGUCCUAUGUGAGUGAGUGUAUGGCUUCUUCAAUCCUAUUUAUGGUCUUAUUGUUAUAACUUUGAGGGAUUUGUUGAGAUCAUGGUUGUAAGAAUAGAAUUUUUA